GCAGCAGCAGCAGCAGCAGCAGCAGCGGCGGCGGCGGGGGGGGGGUUAACCAGCAGGGCGGGCUCACUCGCAGGGGCAGCGUCGCCAGCGCGGACUUGAACCCGCAGCAGCAAACGGCAGCAGCAGCAGCAGCAGCAGAUGCUGCUGCAGCAGCAGCAGCAGCCAACUGCGCAGCAGCACUGGGACCCGCGGAGGCAGCCACAGACACAGCAGCAGCAGCAGCAGCAGCAGCAGCAGAUGAGGCUCUCGCCGCCGCCAUCAGAUGCAGGAAAGGAGGAUACAAAGCCACCCGAGGAAAAAAACGGGUACCGGACGGGCAGCUGCUGGCGACGGGCUACGAGUCGGGGGCCGUGUGUCUGUGGGGCCCCGAAGGUUUGCUGCUGUCUUCUCUUUUUGCAAGUGACACUUCUGUCAUUUGUUUGGGCUUUUCGGUGAGCGGCAGCAGACUUGCUGCUGCAUGCGCAGACGGCAAAGUCGUGGUCUGGGACGUCCUGCAGCAGCAGCAGCAGCAGCAGCAGCAGCAGCAGCAGCAGCAGCAGCGGCAGCGGCAGGGGGGCGCGGAAAGGGCAGCUGCUGAGGGGGAGGAGGGCGAAGAGGCAGCAGCAGCAGCCACGCGGGUGGCUGCUGCAGACGGUGCUGCUGCUGCAGCAGAGGAACCUGCAGCAGCAGCAGCAACAGCAGCAGCAGCAGCAAGUCCAAACGCCGACAGAAGCGAUCAAGGCGCUGCAGAGCAGCACGGCUGGCGAUUUGUACAGAGUCUUUCUUACUCCCAUGCUAGCGGCGUAAUUGACCUGGACUGGAGCGGCGACAGCCUUUUGGCUUCUGGCUCUGUAGACGGCGCCGUUUUGGUGCGGGAUGUUGACAGAGGCACAGAAAUAAAAGUGCCCAGAACAGCAGCAGCAGCAGCAGCAGCAGCAGCAGCAGCAGCAGCAGCAGCAGCAGGGGGAGCAAGGGAGGCGGGGGACGCGGGGGAUGCGCCGGAUAAGGCGGCCGCCCUUGACGGCCCUGCUGCUGCUGCUGCAGCGGGGAAGCAGGAGGCAACAGACGCAGCAGCAGACGCAGCAGCAGCAACAGCAGCAGCAACAGCAGCAGCAACAGCAGCAGCGCCAGCUGUUGCAGAAGUCGCCACGCUGCGGUGGAACGCUUCGGGAAGGCUCCUCGCCAUUGUCGACUCGUCCUGUGUAGUCCAGGUGUGGGACCUGCAGCAACCCACGAGGGCCCCCGUGUGUCUUCGGGGGCACCGAGAAGCAAUUAUAAAAGCAGAGUGGAGAGACAGGGGCCCCGAGGACCAGCAAGAGCUGCUGCUCACAGUCGCAAUGGACAGCCAGCUGCUGCUGUGGGAUCCGCAGCAGCUUUCAGCACCCGUGAAGCGGAUUGUCUAUGACCACCCCCCCACGAGUCUGCGGGUGAGCCGCGACGGCAGCAAAGUUGCUGUUGGCACUUACGACUCUUUUCUUCGGGUGUAUCUACUCCCCAGUUUGGAGUGUAUUGCCAGCUACGUCGACCUCCAAAUGGUCAUUCCCCACAUCACCUGGCGCAGCACGCACGACUGUUUGGCCUACAAUGUCUUUCAAAUGGGCAAGACUGUCGUCUUGAAGCCUCCCACAGGCAGCAAGCAGCAGCAGCAGCAGCAGCUGGACCAGCAGCAGCAAGACGUGCAGCAGCAGAGCCAGCAGCAAGAGCGGCAGCAGCUAAUGUAUUACUAG